AUGACAAUCUUCUUGACGAAAUCUUCAGAUAGCAAUGGAAGAGUUGUGUAAGUCCAAUAGAUUGUUUCUUAGUUUAACCUCUCUUGUAACACGUUAAAGUGACAACGUCACUAAAAGAUAACUCUUCUCGUACAUGUAAAAGAUCUCCCUCAGACCGAUUCUCGUAAGUGACCACGUUCCUUUCAGAGACGUUUCUCGUCGCGAAAGUCAAGAGAAAUGUCUCCGACCCGAGACCGGCAGUGUAUUGUUUUUUUCUGUUGAUUUUUUUUUCGAUCCGAGCUCUGCCUGAAACUCUAUCGACUAAAUCAAAGGAUAUUGGUCUUUUUAUCGAUACAGUUUUUCUAAGUUUUGUCUAGCACUGAUUUGUCUCGUUUCCAUAAUUCUGUCUUCUACGUUAACAGAAUGAUAUGGCACUGCUGAAACCUUAUUCACACAACGCUUAAACAUCUUUAUAUAUGGUUGGUUGUUUAGUUCCUUAAGUUGGGUCACCUUGUUAUUUAAAGUUUGCCCAAGACUUGCCACAGGUUGAGGCAAAGGGAACGGAGCGUAAUUUUUAGGAGUUUCUAAGCUGGAGAAGCGAGCUCUUUAAGCCGUGAAGCGGCCAAGGGAGCGACAAAGUCUCAGGGAAGGACUUUUUUGAAAGUCUUAGUUUGUCGCGAAGUGAAAUCUAUCUUGGAUCCUACGUAGACGCUAAUUUUUCAGUUUUCUAGUAAAUAAGUAAGUAAAGCAUUUAUUUAAACGCGAUCAAAUUACAGUGACGCUGAUAUGAGAAAUAUUUACAUAAUUAAGAAUUAAAAUAAAUAAAACCGAUACGUUCAAGGCAAGAAAAAAAUGAUAUGUUUUAGACAAAAAAGCUAAAAUUGGAUUAAAAACCACCAAUAGCUAGUACUAAAAAAUUGCAUUGUAUAAAAUCUAGAGAACAAUUUCUUCACUCAGCGUUUAAAAUUUUCUUAACAGUUGAUUUUUCUCUUACCAUCAUUGUUCAACAGAAGCACAUAUUUUUAGUUUACUUCUUUACUAUCUCUUUCUUGGGGGUCGGCAUGUUGAAACAUAACUGAUUUUUUAAACUUUAUUUGUUUUCAUGCUUAACUAAUAAGUGUUUUAGUGGGGAGGGCAUGCGCUCGUUGUAACAUGUGUACGAAAUAUUCUUCAAAGGCUUCCAUUUGUUACCCUGUGAACAGGCUCUCUGUUUUGGGAAAGGGUGAAAGAAUCACGAGGAGAGGGAAGGGUAAGAUUAUUUCACCGUAUCUUCAAACAGAGAGCUUCGGUUCACCGGCUACCAUAUGAAAGUGUUCAAGACGUCUUCAGCUAGUGUGCAGCAGUCUAGAUAGCCUGAUUCUCAGACGUCCGAGGUCGUUCGCGGUCCCUUCGCUUCCCGCGACCUACCACGGACGUCUGAGAAUCAGGCUACAGUCUAGACGGUAAAUUAUUUUAGCACCUCUUACGUGGAUGCGUUCAAGUUCGUCACACAAUGUUUGCUCCCCACAAAAUUAGACCAUACGCAAUGAAUGGUAAUAUUACUUUGUGGUUGAAGUUCAAGAGGGCGUCAACUUGUAGAAAAUAAACUGAUUUCAGCGGGUUAAGUUUCUGUGUGAACAAUUUCGACAAUUCAGAAACGUGUUUGGACUAUUUAAGUCACAUCGUCGUUUUAGGGGCAUAAAUUCUGUCUUGCCCGGGUGUUGUGUGAAAAAAAAAAAGAAUGUUGCGAAACCAGUUCGUGACUUUUAUUCAAAAUGGAAUUAAGUUAGGCUGCUACCACGUCUGGAUUAGGUCAAUUAGUUACAUGGUGGUAUCGUCAGCAUACGUAUGCAGUUCACCAUCACAGUCACUGACAAUGUCUGGCAAAUCAUUACAGAAGAGAGAAAAUAAGAAGGGACCGAGCACAGGUCCUUGAGGGACACCUAGCAUAACUUUACUCGAGCAAGAACAACAGCCAUUAACAAUGGUGACUUGACGAUCAGCUUGCAACUUUUGAAGCAGCACAUAAUGAGAAAUAGAAUCAAAAGCUAGUCCAGGAAUACGAUCCCGACUACCAUGUUGUUAUCAAGUGCUCUUUUCCAUUCUUCGGUCAUUUUACUUAGUAAAAGUUCAGUACAAUGAUCUUUCUUGUAUGCGCACUGAUGUGAGUUAAAGGUUGUUGUCAGAAAUGUGAGACAUGAUAAAUGAAGCAACUGCUGACUCCAUAAUUUUACCCGAAACGCUUAGCAAUGAAACGGGGCGAUAGUUGCAUUUGUCUGUUUCAUGAUCCUUUUUAUUCAUAGGGAUAAAGUUAGCUUUUUUGUAUUUGCAUAGACUGUGCACAGUCCUCUAUAUUUCCGUAAGAUCAUCGAGAUCGAGCGCUUUGCGUUACGGGCUGCCAUCUUGCAUGAGUGUCAAUUUUUUUUUUGUCGACCUUCUCCCCGCACCCCCCCCCCCCCCCCUCCUCCCCCCCCCCCCCCCCCACAAACGUUUUUUUCCAAAUCCUCUUGUUGAACAAAUUUUUUUUUUUUUCUUUUCUUGGAAGUGUUAAAAAAAAAAAAAAAAAAAAAAAAACAACUAAUUUAAAAUAUUUCGUCCCCUCCAAAAAAAAAAAAAGUGAGAGAAACAGAACCAAUUCCUCGCGGCAUGUCACAAGAAGUUAUGACAACGGCAGAAGGGGAGGGGGAGUCCCCCCCCCCCCCCCCCCCCCCUCCCCGAGCUAUAAUCCCCGACGCCCGCUCGGUAGGUACAUUUAAAAAUCAAGAUAGCCGUGACCGUAAGACGCGGUAUAUCUAAACGCUCUCACGAAAAAAUAGGGGACUGUGAACAGUCUAUAUUUGCAGGAACAAUGUUGUAGUUCUAGUUCCUCCAGCUGUUUUUCAUUUUCUCACACCCUGUCGGUUAAAUAAACAUGUUUUGUUGGUGUAAAUGAGACGUAAGAUUGUACUCCCUCGUUAAAGGCUUAAAUGUGUAUGAUUUUGUUGUAUUAAACUAGUGCUCAUGAAGUUGUAGUGGAAAAGCUCACAACAGUCAACAAACGGUCAACAUCCUCUUUACCAGAAACCAUUCUUGGCUACAAAAAGGCAAUGGCCAAUGGGGAUCAAUAUUAUAUUGCUGCCAGAUUUGAUCGAGAUAAAGAACAGGUUCCUAGAAAGUUUGUCCUUGGUGAUGAAGAGACCUAUGGUGGUUACAAUAAUGCGCCAUUGGAGCCGAUGACAAAGUACAAGGUGUAUGUGAGAGCAGCAACUAAAGUUAAGGGGGUAAGAAACAAAACAACAAUAAUUUGUGGCGCGAUCGUUUGGGCCACUUCUGGCAACAUUAUUUAAAGAAUUUUCGCCGCGCACAGGCAGUCUGAGGAAACCUCAGUGGCUUCUGUUCGAGACAGACUUACUAUGUUCUUUUUAUUUUCUUUUACAUUGAUAAUAUCGUCCAAAGUGACCUAUUAUUUUUUUAAUACGCAGAAAUUGGUUUACGGAGAGCCUGCUGAAAUUACCCUUCCCCCUACCGGUAGGUUUCUACUUUAGCUUAAAUUUGUAAGUUAUCGAUGAUCAAUCUUUCAUUGCUUGGUAGAGGAGGUGUGUGUGAGUUUUGCCUUAUUUUCGACAUUACUUGUGGUGUAUUUCUAGACUUAACGUCGGUAUCAUGAAUUCCUGCCCGACUGUCUUUUCUUUUCUUCUAAAGUCUUCAUUUCUUGCUUUUUUUUUUCAGCUGCAGAGCCUGUUCAGACAGCCCCUAGUGACAAUGUUGGUAUAAUAGCUGGUGUUCUGGGAGCUCUGGUUCUGAUUGUCAUCAUAAUUAUCGCCGUCCUUCUCUAUAAAAAGUACUACAUUCUGCUUUUGUUAGCUGUAAAUAUUAAUUGCAGGAAAAUAAUAAACAAUAUCAUAUUAUACAACACCUGGCGUUACUGAAGCCUUGAUUUCUGAAUAGUCCAUUCACUCAGCAAUCUCUUAAGCACAAAAGAUACGUAUUGAUUGUUAGCACCUUUCAUUUAAAAGUAACACUGUAGGACUUCUUUUCACUUCCCAAAAUUUCGAGCAACUCUGCCAAGCAUCAAACAGCACCACAUGAACUAAAUCCUAGGUAGCUUUUAUUUGUAUAAAAAUAACCCAUUUUGUUCUAGAUUAGUUUUUUUUUAAUGUGUCAAAAGAACAUUUUUUUACUCUCUCUCUCUCUCUCUCUUUGAUUUUCGCUAACUACAGGACCAACCGAACACCAAACGCAAACCUUGAUGUGGAAAACCAGAAAAGAAAGCGACGGGAGUUUGAGAUGAAACGCAAUAGUGAGUAGCGGAACCAUUGUUGAUUUCAUCUUGAUUUACACCCAAGUUUGUUUGUUUGUUUCAUUAUUGUUUUUGUCUUCUUUUUUUUUUAAUAUACUUCCCUUAUAACGGGUACGCUAAAGUGAGUGCUGGCCUUCCCAGGCUUGCUCCCUAGUUUGUUUUGUUUGUUUUUGUUUUUUUUAUUUUGUUUGUUUAUUGUUAGUAUACUUCCCUUGUUACAGGUACGGUAAAGAGAGUGCUAGCCUUCCCAGGCGUGCUCCUUAGUUUGUUUGGCGUGUUUUUUCUUUUCUUUGUUUAUUGUUAGUAUAUUUCACUUGUUACAGGUACGCUUAAGAGAGUACUAGCCUUCCCAGGCGAGUUUGUAAAUGAUCCAGACCAUCCUCCUAUACCAGUGGAACAGUUCGCAAAACACGUGAUCAAGUUGCACAAGUCAGAUGACCGGGGAUACAUGAUCGAAUACAAUGUAAUAAUAUUAAGCUUUGCAGUAUCGGUUGUAUUAACUGCUACGCUCUAAACGUCGCCUUUGAAUUACUAUCUUUAACUCACAACCUUGCAACAUAAUAACUAUAAGAUAACCUUGUUUGUAUUUUAUGUUGUUGUUGGUGGUGUUUAUUUGUCUUUGCUUUGUCUAGCAUGCUCUAUGAUAACGCUAUCAUAAUAUUUUGUUCUCACUUCCGAGCUGAACAAAAAUAGCAAUAUAAAAUUAUAUGUAAAAGCCCCGGAACUUUCCACAUGUCCCUUAAUACAAAUAACUAGUAUUGGCUAGAUUUCAUCCUUGCCCUAACUCCAUUUAACCCUAUUACCUCUAAAAAUCUGCUCCUUUUCUAUUUAGUUUACUUUUUAAUUAGUUAUCUCCUUAUGUUCUUUAAAGGCCGAAUUCAAUUUGGUUACAGCAUAAUGCCACUUCCCCUGGUGGUGCUUUGGUCGGCUGUUCUCAUUUUGCGGUACAAACUAAGAAUGAUCCAAACAGAAAUACCUCUACGUUUCCUGUUUAACUUCUUUAUGUUUUAUUAUUAUAGAAACUAGACAGUGGGCAAGAAUAUGAAAUCAACCAUGGCGUGCUACCUGAGAACAAAGCAAAAAAUAGAUAUGCCAACAUUAUUGCAUGUAAGAGCAGUUAUCAUAAGGUUAAGAGAGGUUAUCCUAUCUUGCUUGUUUAAAUGUCAGUUAUCAUCACCUGUCCGUUGUCGUGAAGUAACAUUCAUAACGUUUAAUUUGUCCUGAUGUUUUCUUCUAUGCAGAUGACCAUUCACGUGUAGUUCUGUCUGCAGUGGAUGGAAUUGUAGGAUCAGACUACAUCAAUGCUUCACGAGUUGACGUAAGUUUUGGUUAAGAACCUUUUGUUUAAGCCCAAAUUUGACAUGAAUUUUCGAGACCCUUUGUGAAGAUAUAAACAAGGCUUGGGAAGCUUAGGCCCGGUUCUGACGCCGCUUCAAUCUUGUGCCGAAGCUAACUGAUGAAUUAAGUACGGCAAAAGAGCGGCGUCUGAAUCAAUUUCGUGCGGCAAAAGCGUUUGGUGCGGCAACUCUGUCGAACUUUUGUCGAACUUAACUUAGGCUCGACACGCGGUGCGCAGUCUGCAUCAGAUGUCGCGCCAGUGUCGCUCCAAAGGCGAGCUUAUUCAGUUAAGUUCGGCGCAUGAAAAGUACGGCUUCACAACCAGGCCUCACUACAUUAUACAUGUUCACGUUUUGUAUCAUUGCUUUCAGGGUUACAACAAACCCAACGCAUAUAUUGCUACCCAAGGUAUGUGAAAACGCUCUCUUUCACUGUUGUGUCACCUGUAUAAUGUCACCCAAAUCUACUUUUUGUAGAAUGGAGCUUAACAUCUCCACUCUUCAAAGACCUUGCCUCUAUUGGCUCGUAAAAAGUGAAUCCUGAGUUAUAUACUUUUGGAUAAAUGAACAGACGCUUUUCCCGUCAAGGUGUUUUAAAAGAUCUGUGAUGUUCGAAGUCGUCCGUAAUCGUCAUUCCCAAAGCGUUCUUUAAUAUCGUUGAUAUUAUAUACGGAAGAGCCUAAUUUUCAGUACGAAUUUUUCCCCAUAAGGCCCAGUCCCUCCCACUUUCGAUGAUUUCUGGCGGAUGGUCUGGGAACAGCAGUCAUCCUCAAUUGUGAUGUUGACAAAUCUUCAGGAAAGACAUAAGGUAAAAAGGUGUUGACCCUAUUUAGUCCACACAACAAUUAGCAAAAAAUGCGCGUAGAAGGUACUAAACGCGCAAACGUUGGCGUGGCGAAAUUUAAAGAAAUCGUUCAAUCAACUGUGUUGUUAAAGUAGACUGGCCACCACAGAAAGGAUUGUUUUUCAUUCUCUCACAGACGCAUCCCCACAGUUUCUUUACAAACUAAACCCUUUGGGUCGGUUAUAUAAACGUAGUCUAACUUAGACCCCGUUUAGGAAAUCUUUAGUUUGCACCUCCAGAUCUCUUCCUUAGUGAGGUUUUUUAAAGAUAAAUGCUUUUCUAGUACUUAAUUGCUUUAAUGAAACUGUUCAUGAUAAAUGGUGUUGGUUUCUUCCUCAUCCAUUCUUACCCCAUUGAUAUGAUAUCUCCUUACAGCUGAAGUGCCAUAAGUACUGGCCGGAUGAGACCCAGGAUUAUGGAGACAUAUCAGUGAUGCUUGUCAAGCAAGAACAUUACUCAGACUACAUUAUAAGAACAUUCAAUUUGAAGCGGGUGAGUUGUUGUUGUCGUUGUUAGAGACCUUUAGAUUCUGAGAUGAAGACGACUACAAGUACGAGAUUUUCACAAUACUAAGUGGUACUAAAUAGUGCUCACGCGUGAGCCAGCGUCAUUUUGGCGGGAAACGUGAUAGCCGUCGUCAUGACGUACUAGUCGCAAGUCACGGAAAAAAUUAUCAAAUAUUAGACGUUUUAUCAUUUUGCGAUCAGGAGAUGGCUUGACCUCCUUCAAUAAAGAUAAAUGUUAUGACUUUUCUGGUAGAAGAAAAGUUCAAUCAAGCCUUCCUUGGUGUCUGCUUUUUGAGAAUACGCGAAAAAAUUUAAAGUCAAGUCCCGUACUCGAGGUCAUUCUCUUCCUCAAUCUAAAGCUCUCUAUUAUUACAGCUUUGUUCAGCUUUGCAAUCCCGGCUUUUAUUUCGCAUGUUCUUGUUAUUUGAUAGUGGUUGUCAAUUUCUGUAAAUGUUGCUGUUGCUGUUUUUGUAGCUUUUUUACUGCUUUUACCAGCUGUCGACAAUGCUGCGGCUGUUUCAGAUUUGGUGUUGUUGUCACUUUAAAAGAACGUUGAAAAAGAAUGCUGCCUAAUUUUGUUGUGCUAGUGAAGUACAAGACGAAAUUACGCACCCUAAACUUACCUACCGAUAAUAACCAUUAUUUAUGUCAAGAAUACUAUACGUAGGCGUUUAUUAAUGUGGUGUUUUUUUGUUUUGUUUUUUUGCAUCAGGAAAGUGAGAAAGAAGAGCGAGAAGUGAAGCAGUUUCAUUUUACUGUAUGGCCUGAUCAUGGAGUUCCUGAAUAUCCAACUGCACUGCUAGCAUUCAGAAGACGAGUUAGAAGAUACAACCCCGUUGACGCUGGCCCCUUGGUAGUGCACUGCAGGUAGGUUACAGACCUUAACAGGUGGACAAAAAUAUUUGAUUGUCGCUUAUCUUUAUCGCUAUACAGUCUGUAUAUUUUGAUGUAGUCUUCUGCACCGGGCGUCAAUACAGAUAGCUUUCUUAAGCAGACUAAUUUCCCCUCAGGUAGGUAUCUGUAUCUUGCCUGUUGCGGCCUCCUGUCGCUAAUAUGCCUGCCGUAUUUUUGUGUCCAUUUGAGGAUAACACCACUCUAUUUCGGAAAGCGACCGUUCCUCCACGGAAUAUCCAGGUAGGAGAGACUGCAAAGCCGGAUCGUUCAUUUGCCCGUCUUCCCGUAUUUCUAGAAUGGGACGGUGAAGCGCUGUUUAUUUUGCGGGAAGUAUAGCUUUUCGAGGCUUCUGAAUACUGGCGUUAAUAAAGGUCAGUUAAGUCCUCAAAACGUUCAGCUCACGCUGCUCGUGUUGCAGAUCACUCUCCAAUUUACGUGAUCUGUGCUUGUGAUUUUUGUGUAUUCGUCUCCCUAAGAUCCUCUGCUUUUGUUUUUAGUGCUGGUGUUGGGCGCACGGGUACUUUCAUGGUAGUCGACAGCAUGUUGGACCGGAUAAAAGCGGAAAAUACACUUGACAUCUACAACUUUGUAGCGUACUUGAGAACGAGACGGACAGCCAUGGUACAAACGGAGGUAUGUACUGCGUUACAGUACUUUUGAACCAGGUGUAAGUUUAACAUAACAUAACGUAACGUAGUAUAAGUUCAACAUACACCAGGUGUAAGUUCAACACAACCAAGCAUAAAAAGGUCAUAACAAGUACUAUUACUUAUUCCACUAAGGCCCCGACGAUGGAAAAAGCUUCAGGGGCUACCGCUUACGAGCUUUUUAAAAAUAAGAAAAUUCGAAAUCACUUCCCAGCAAAUAUAGUUCAAUACAAAGAGAUUUUAGCCCAAGAAAUAUAUUAGUAGCUACUUUACCCGUUCGUUAUUUCGUUGGUCUUAUGAGCGUCAUUUUACUUCUCAGGAACAAUACACAUUUUGUCAUGAUGCCAUUUUGGAAGCUGUACAGUGCGGCAAUACACAGAUAUAUGCACAUGAUUUGAGGAUCACCUUGGCNAAGGUCAUAACAAGUACUAUUACUUAUUCCACUAAGGCCCCGACGAUGGAAAAAGCUUCAGGGGCUACCGCUUACGAGCUUUUUAAAAAUAAGAAAAUUCGAAAUCACUUCCCAGCAAAUAUAGUUCAAUACAAAGAGAUUUUAGCCCAAGAAAUAUAUUAGUAGCUACUUUACCCGUUCGUUAUUUCGUUGGUCUUAUGAGCGUCAUUUUACUUCUCAGGAACAAUACACAUUUUGUCAUGAUGCCAUUUUGGAAGCUGUACAGUGCGGCAAUACACAGAUAUAUGCACAUGAUUUGAGGAUCACCUUGGCUCGUAUGGAUGACGCAAGCAAAGACUCUAAAGUAACACGAUUUGAAUCUGAGUUCAAGGUGAGCCAUUUCAGGCCAGUUUUUACCUCCUCAGAUGACAUUAACGUGUGAAUAGUUUUGAUAGCCAGGUCUUCUUGGCCUUCGAAAUGUCGGUGGUGGGAAUUACGGAAGUAUUUCGUUGUGGUAUCGGUUAGGUCUCAUGAUGUUUUUUUUGCUUUUAUUUCCCAGACACUCAAUAAAGUUAGUCCUGUUUAUAACAAAGCAAGCUAUUCAGUUGCCUCAUAUCCUGAGAACAAGGAAAAGAACAGGAAUCCGGAGAUUUUAGUGCGUAAGUUUUUACUAACAGUAAUAGAGAGCUUAAGCAACAACCACGGCGACGGCUACGAAAACGUCACUUAAAAAGUGAUUUUGCCCUGCUUCAAACUUUAUCGCGCUUACUGCAUCUCGUUUACCUCGUCAAACGUUGGCAAAUUUUUUUGGAGUUGAAUUCUAAAGGACUUUUCUGAAUUAUCAAAGUUCAGGAAGAGAAAAAGAAAAUUGUUGUCGUGUGUUCCCGUCCUCGACAAAACGUGAAUUUAGGCACUUACACGUUGUAGUCGUGCAACAACGGCAAAGAAAUGUACAAAAAAGCGUGAUGCACGUGCAAAGUUGCUGUUUUGCUAUUACUUUUUUGUCGUUCUCGUUGCCGUCGCCGUCGUCGUUCCUUAAGCUCCCUAAUGACGAACUGAAGAGUGAUGCAGCCAUUUGUAAGAUGAUCGUGCAUAUAAUGCAUUUUAUUGUGCUCUUAAUCGUCAGUUCGUUUGAUGAUGACCAAUUUUGCUGUUUAUUGCUAGGAAAACUGACGUAGGCGAAGGCACAUAUGUUACAUUUGUAUUUCUUACAAACGACAAACCUUCCUUUAAUGUUUAAGUGAUCAUUGUUAAGUAGUGGCUGAUUUGGCUAAAUUGGCUGAAACAGGCAUUAUUACGAUUAGCGUAUCUGACGUCAGCAGUUUGGAAUUAUUUUAAAGGAAACAAAAUAGAGCCAGUUCGGGUCCCGUGUAAAGUAUGACUUAAUCCUCCUUAAUGUUUAUUUUGUUUCUUGUUUGUUUGUUUACGUUUAUGCUUUUAUCAAGAACACAAGAAAUGUUGUGACGAUUUUGUGGCAAAGCUUAACAACAUGUUUUGAGGGGGGGUAAAACAGCCACAACAUCUUCACAAUCAGUGAUGUGAAUGAUCUGCCAAUGUCGUGGUUGUUUGAACUAGGUCUAGACUAGAAACAUUCAACAAAAAGCAUCACGACAUGCAAACUGAUAUCAAUUCCAAUUAUGAUUUAAGUGCGGAAGGUUUGGGGUCCGUUUCUACCACCGUACUCGCUGGUAAAUCCAGUCCAAAAUUUCCGUAAAUUAGCGUGGCUCGUAUUGAGACAGUGUUGGCCUUAUUAAGGCUGAAAGAAGAUGGGGAAAAAUACCAUAUUGUGUUUCUCUUGGCAGCUGACUUUUAUCGUGUGGUGCUCACUGCAAUUGAUGACAAUGAAGUCACCUCCUACAUAAACGCCGUCCAUAUCCCGGUAAGUAGUGCCACUAAAAACCCGGCUGGAGGGGAAUCCCAUAGGACAGCAAAGUUCAAAACCUGGGGGAGACGGACGGGCCAACAUUUAUAUUGAAGUCAAAUGCGAACCUUCUCAUGUGAAAAUGAGAAUUGUUUUUUCACAUUUCCAAACAACUAAAGAAUAUCACCCCUGUUUUCAAAACAAAGUUUAGAGCAACUCAGGAAUGGCCUGUUAAAACUGCAGUUAGAGCGCAUGCAAAGUGACAAGUUAAUUAAUUAGUUGAUUAAAAAAAUGCAGCUUCUGCAGAAGAGCCUGAAAAAUGUUCCGCGGAAUAAAUAAUAAAUAUAUUUGGUAAGUACAAUUUAAGCAGAUUAUCUAGACCUUAAGUAAUACAGAUGCUACAUUCCUUUUGCUAUUUCAGGGUUAUAAGCAGCAACAUGCCUUCAUUGUAACGCAACACCCCUUGACACCAACUGUGACGGACUUUUGGCGCAUGCUCUGUGAGCAAGAGUGUAGCUGUGUAGUACUCUUUGAUUCCAGCGAGGAAGAUGGGGUAAAACAAGAUUAUUGAUUUCGAUAUUCUCUUGUAAUGUUUUCCUUAAAACUCUUUCUUCUGUCAUAUUUCUUUCUAGCACUCCGGCGUUAAAAAGAGAGCAAAUAAUUGAUUAAGUAAAGCUUAUGAUAUGUUAAAAUUCUGCAGGAUUUCCCUCUGUUUUGGCCUGAAGAAGAGUCAACUUACGAUGACAUGAUAACAGUUCAGCGGCUUCAUGCGUCCGCCAUCAGCAGUAGCGUUGACAACCUAAAAGCGAAUUACGACCAAACAGAGAUCAACGAGAAGUCCUUCAAAGCAACUGAUCUAAGGGUAAGUGUAUUGAAGCUCAGCGGGAUUUAAUAAAAUGAAAAGAAUGGAAGCCAAGAAAAGAGUUAAAGUAGAUCUUUAAAUGAGUGCCGGUGAUUGAAGUUGAAGAUGUAGCGGGCAGCAUGCAAAAGCUUUAAUUUAAUUUGACUUUAUAGAGUAUCCUAGAGUGACAUUACUGUGAACUGAAGAGCGCAGCAAGGUCUGAUGCUGAAAGUUAAUCAACCAAAAUAUUCACACUUCUUUUGACCGAUGUUACAAAAUGUUUGACCAUCGUUGUAUUCUUUGUCCGACGGGGUCAAAUAUUUUCCUUUACCUAAGCAACAGUCUACUGGCGAUGGUAAAGGUCCCACGCCCCUAAGACCCCCUUUUCUCGUGUCUGAGAUUGUCAUUUGUGAGUGUACAUGCUUUCGCCAUUUUUGGAUUCCCCGUAUUCAGAGAACACUGCCGGAGUUGUCGCGCUUGUUUCACCAACAUUAAAGUUAAGGUGAUGUUUCAGGGUUGAGAGAACGCUUUUUGAACGUUGCUUGUUGUUUCUUUCGUUACUUUCCUGUUUUGCUUGCGUGUUUUUCAAUAUCAGGACAUAAUUUUUUCUCUUUUGUCGAUGACCUUAAAAGACGCCAGAAAAGAGUUUGCGAAUAAAGAUGUUUCAGUACAGCGGUUGGGUAGAUGAGACAGACGUGCCUCCUUGUUCAGGCCUUAUCUCCCUUAUCGCCAAAGUGGAACGAUGGCAGCAGCAUUCUGGAAACGGUCCUAUCACCGUAGUGUGCAGGUCGGUGAAAUAUAUGUUUUGGCAUGCACUAUUUUGUUGUUAUGCACUUGAUCAUCAUUAAAAGUAAUUGCGACUGGCAACUUAGGUUGUUUUAGAAUCCGUCAGCUAUUUUGCCCCUCAAAACCAGCACCAGAAAUAUAAAAAAUAGUAAUAAACAAACAAAAACAAAACACUUCCUUCACCCCGUAGAGUUGCUUGACAAAAUGAGCAAAAGAAACCAAAAUUAAAAAAUUCGCCCAUUGAUACAUACCGUACAUUUCUGACAGUACAAAACAAGUUGAAAAAUAAAAUUGACGGACGAAAUGUGAAAAGGGACUUCGUGUUUGUUUUUCUGUUGUUUUCCUGUAGUGGUUCUUAUAAUUUUUUUUCGCAUUCUAACUUUCCUAUUAGUGACGGUCUUGGUCGCAGUGGAACAUUCUGUGCGUUAUACUCGGUGUUAGAGCGUCUUAAGAUUGAACAGGUUGUAGAUGUGUUUCAAGCUAUAAAAGCAAUGAGAAUUCCUCGUCCUGGAUUAGUCAAGACAACGGUAGGUAAAUGGCAUCGUCGUGCUAAGAUGCUGCGUUUUACUUUUUGCUCUCUACCGACGUUUAACAUGGUAUAACUGUAUGAAAAUUAGAGUUGAAGUAAGUAUUCCUCCGUGCUGGAGACGAAACCGCAGUUUCUACGUGGUUAUCUAAGCCAGGCCGAAGUCUAUGAAAGCAAUUAGUACCUUCUUCAGUUGUUUAAGACUAUUGAUUUUAUAGUCCUUUAAUGUGUGUUCUUAGGAAAAAACUCCUCAAAAUCCGGCUGUCUAGACAAGAGCUUCAACAAUAAUGCUGUUGUUUUAUCGUAGUGGAACUCUUCUCCCCAUAGAAUUACGUUCCCUUUAGACUUGUUAAUAUUUAUUUUUUUUAUUUUUUUCUUCUCAGGCCGAAUAUCGAUUCAUCCACUAUGCAAUCCUAGAAUACUUAUCAGCCUUCGACGACUACGCAAACUUUAAGCCUUAAAAAUGGCAUCAGUGAAGAAUCUGACGGUAAAAAUCCACUUCAGAUUCAUUGGCAACAGUACUCAACCGACAAAGCAGAGGCUAAGAAACCAACGGACUGUCAGUCUGACCUUUUCCAUUUUACCACUUGCUUUUGUUAACUCUACUGAAGGAUUAAAUUAGCUUAUUGUCACUAGAAUUCAGCUCCGGAAUUUGGUUUCGAUAUAAUUAUAAUGAAGUAACGUUUAACUGUUACUUCAUUAUACUUGCUGCUUAACUGGUAGGACGAAGCGUAUCCUGUUGUUUUGACGUGGGCCAAUCCUCUCAGAUUGUCCUGUUUGUUCCCUUUUCUAAUUUUAUUGAUUAAGCUUAAAGAUUACAAAGAGAAAUUUCAUCCGAAUAAGUUGAGACUUUAGGUUGAUGAUUGUAACGAGCUCUCUUAGGAAGUGAUCGGUAAUUCCCAAGUUGGUCAAACACGAAGAAAUUAUAUGACACCAAUAUUUUUUGACAAAUUACUAGCCAAGAUAAUGAAUCAACAUCAACAACAGUACUCAGAAAAGUCACAGAGCAUUUCGACGUUACCGGGUUGUCUUGUCAGUAGGGUGAUUGAUCGUCCUUAAUGUGACCAGUGUUAAGCCUCGUAUACAGUUAAGAGAACCAGGUCCCCCACCACCUUGCUUAGUGUUGUAAACGGUCACGAGAUGAAGGUCACGUGACCGUUAAAACCACAUAUCAGGGCUGAGUUGCUCAAAGCAUGGUUAGCUUUAACCAUUGGUUAAGCAGUAUCAAAACCAAUACGUUGUCAAGGUAUUAAACGCUGGUUAACGCUAACCAUGCUUCGAGCAACUGGGCCCAGAUGAAGACAGUGUCAUAACGUCUAAGUGUUUUGUUUCUUAUAAAUACUUUGCUCUGAGUCUGUAUUUUUUCAUUAUUUAUCCUCUUCUCGGUAAAGUUAAUGUCUUUCUGUUUUAAACAAGAAAGAAAAAUUUAAAAUAAAAAUAAUGUAGGUAGAAAAAUUAUCAGAAUAUAAAGUGUUAGCAAUAAU